AUGUAUGUCAUCUAUGGUGGACGCCUAGAGAACGUAUUUGAUAGUCAAGUGCUUGACUCCUACUUGAUGACAUUUUUCACCAGUGAAAAAGUUACUGGCCGCUCUGGCCAAUCUCUUGCCAGAGGUGUAGAACUACCAGUUUUGGAUAAUAUCAGGGAUUAUCAAAAAUUCAUCACUACUGCGGUACCUGCAGAAGACGAUCCAGUUCUUUUUGGACUUCCAGUAAAUAUCAAAUUUUCAUGGGAAUUGACAGAAGCUGAGAAUACAAUAGCCAGAAUACGAAGCGCAGUGACAACGGGUGCUGGUAAUGAUCGCAACAGCUGGGCCGAAUCCUGCACGCCAAUAUUACAUUUGUGGAAAAGGCUUUGUCAAGGAAGUGAUCUUCACAGCAGACAGGUGCCCAUUUCGAAAGAAUCUUCAGAUCCGAUUGCUGAAGUCAUAUCAUUAGAGUAUAUCCAUGCAAUCAGACUCGUGCAAAAACUCCACGCUAGCCUUACAAUGGUAAGUAAAAGUAUACGUGGAACGGUAACACCGGAUAAGAUUACCCUGGAAGUGAUUAACAGCUUACAGCUGCACCAGACACCAGAUCAUUGGCGCGACCUGUGGCUAGGGCCAAAAGAGCCAGCCGAAUUUUUGUCUACGCUAAUUUACAAGGCAAAGUCUGUACAAGAACUGGUGCUUCGUUCGGAACAGGGCAACUUCUUAAAAACUCCACUGAACUUUUCGCAGCUCUUUCGUCCUGGUCGUCUUCUCAAUGCGCUUCGCCAAGUAACUGCCAGGUAUGAUGAAAAUUAUAUUCUACUGAAGGCAUAGGA